GUUGCACAGACUGACGCAAAGGGAAGUUCGCGUGAGCAUGGUCAGGAAAGAGAGAAUAUAAAACACCGUCAGUCUGCUACUCCAGCCAGACAUCAAAUCGCAUCAAAACACAGCUACACAACAACUCAACUUCUCUUUCUCGUUUUCUUUUUCCUUAUUUUCCUUGUUGUCUCAUUUCCUUGAAACUUCUUCAUAAUCUCGAAUUUGCUUCAGACCUAAAAUCCCGAAAAUCAAACACCAAUUCCUACAAAAUGUACACUCUCGCUGUCUUCUCUUCUCUUCUCGCCGCAGCCCUUGCAGCCCCAGCAACCACCAUUGCAACCCGCCAGACCGUCGCGCCAGCAGACCAGGAGAUUGCCUUCCAAGUCGUCGACUUUAGCACCGCAUUGGAACUGUCCAACAAUAGCGGCACGAUAGGUGGCACAAAGAGCGGCGUUUCCACAUUGACGGUCAACACGCCUUCAAAGGGCUGGGCCGAGAUCAGCACCCUUGUCGCCGGGUUGAACGACAUGGGCAAUGUUGGUGCCACCGGCAUCGUCAUCCUGACUCCCCUUAAGGAGGGCACCAAGUGCAACUUGUACAACGGCGACAAACACGUGAUUGCGGAGAUGGACGCUGCACACACUGUCUACGACUUCAACUGGCACUUUGAUCUUAAUUCCGCUCUGCACAAGGAGAAUCCUCGCAGGAGCGCCAACGAGUACAAGUUCGAGUGUGUUUCGGCGUAAAUUAUUGCGUUCGAAUCUUGACGGAGAUGAACGAAGGAGAGCUUGUCAACUGGUUGCGAUAGAUACUGGGUUAAUAUUUGCUGUUUCUGUACUUCUUUACAUUCCUUUACGCG